AUGUCAGAUGGACUAGUUACAGCUAAACGUUCGCCGGAAUCAAAUGAAAGACCCGAUCUGAAAAAGCCAAAGCUUAUCACUGACUUUUUUCAACGGAAGUCAAAUGAAAUCACCACUGGAACUAUCAAUAAACUAACGUCAAUUGAAACUACCAAUGCUCAGGAAAAUACGAUAAAUAUAUCAGCAUCGAGUGACACUAUAAGCAAACAUGAAAAACGUACGGUAAGUACCAAGGUCGAUAAAGAUGACUCAAAUGUUUCUGACGAAGAUAGAUACGCUGAGUUCUGUGCCGAACAUAAUUUCAAUAAACAAGAAUGGAUUGACUCUUUGACUACAGAAGAGAAAGACCUCUUAGACUUAGAGAUUAAAUAUUUGCAUAUUACAUGGUUAGUAUUUUUGCACAAAACAAUAACCAAACCAUACUUUUUAAAAUUAAAACAGUUUUUAAAAUCACAGUCAGACAAAACUGUCUUCCCUCCAAGGGAACAAAUCUAUUCAUGGUCUCAUUAUACCCCAUUACCUUCUAUAAAAUGUCUCGUAUUGGGCCAAGAUCCAUAUCAUAAUUUCAACCAAGCGCAUGGUUUAGCGUUCUCAGUCUUAGAGCCAACUAGACCCCCUCCAUCUUUAUUGAAUAUCUACAAGACUUUGAAAAUUGAUUAUCCCGAUUUCAUUAUUCCUGAAUAUCAAGUAUUGGCCAAACAAGGUAACCCCGGCGGAGGUAAUUUGACCAAGUGGGCCAAACGAGGUGUGCUCUUAUUGAAUGCUGUAUUAACAGUUGAAUGUCAUAAAGCAAAUAGCCACGCUCAACAAGGAUGGGAAACUUUCACAGAAGAAAUUUUGAAAACAGCAAUUCAUUAUUAUAACAAAGAGCAAUCAAAUGGUUUCGUUAUUAUGGCAUGGGGAACUCCAGCCCAGAAAAGAAUAAUGAAUUUCAAUUCUUUACUAAAUUCAAAUAAGUUUCUAGUGUUAAAAACAGUUCAUCCGUCACCAUUAUCUGCACGAAGAGGCUUUUUUGAUCUGAAAGUUUUCAAAAACUGUAAUGAAUGGUUGAACGAAAACGGUAGCAGUAAGAUCGAUUGGGGCUUAAUAGAUGGUAACGUAGUUCUUUAG